GCAUCACAUCUGUCCCGCAUGCACGGAAAGCAACCGACAUGGUUCGGCUCACUGGCACGUUCGUCGUAGCUCUCGUCGCAUACCUGCAGUUCUCAGUGUCUCCUGUCAGUGGCGCUAUCUCAUGCUCAUGGGAUAUGUUCUCAGCAUCAUGCACUAACUACAAGCGUCUUAAGUAUAAGGGGAGACACCUUACCUGCAGCUACAUGUGCGCUCUCUCGAUAGCCUCUUCAUGCUAUAAGGUCGAGACUGCUGGAUCAGAUUGUUGGAUGUUCGACGGUUAUGCUACAAACGGCCUAUGUGUCAAUGGAACAUGUGUGCCAGUCAAAAACGCAACAGAAUACUUCAAGACCCACACGCCCAAUACAACACUAAAAUGCGGCCACGGCCAUGACUAUUUAUAUGACCAAUACGGACCUUUCGGCUGCCAAUACUACUGCAGUGACAAUGGGAGGCCUGCCAACCGCCCAGACAACAUAACGUGCCAGAUGCCACAGACUGCUGCGAGGAGCACAUGUGACUCUUCUGGCUACUGUUCAGGCACCGUAUGGAUACCGAUGUAAUAUGCCGGAGUGGAGAUUCGGAUAUCCCAGGGAUAUCCGUGGAUAGGCAUAGGGAUGUCAAUGGUCCAUCCAGGAGUUCUUAUUUUGCCCCUGAUUUAAUGUCCCGUGAAUGUCCACAGGACAUACAACUGUCAAUAAAGCAAUGUCUUCGGGA